CAGCUUUCGCUUUAUAUCCAAGAGCCAAGCGUAGAAUGGAAUAACUAAGGAGAAAGGGAAUUGUUUUCACAAAACAACAUAACAACAAAGUUACGGCUACGUGGCUACGCGGCUACGCGCAGUGUUAACUAUGGGGAAAAGGUUAGGAAGACAAAGGUAUGCUUGCAUUCUUAAUAGAGAUGUCAACAUAUAUUUUAAUUCAUUUUGAAAAAUCGUGUGAAUAAGUCGACAAUCUGCGCCAUAAUCACGCCAUGCAUUUAGACAAUCAAAAGACAGAAUAAACUAUCUAUGUCUUGAAAAAUUCGGUAAGGUGUUUUCUCAGAGAUUCAUCUGAGUUGCCUGCGACAAAUAUCUUCAGUUUAUAUGAUUACGUAGGCCAUGAAACCAAAAGGGUAUAAACGGAAUUGCGUGGAAAUUGACAAGGUACAAAAAAUGACUUUAUCAUCGUUAAUUAAGCGAGAGUUGCACGAGCGUGAAAUAUACCAAAAGGUCGAUAAUAAACUUUUCAUGGAAACGUUCAAACUUAUGUCUAGACUAAUGUCAACAUAUAUUUUAAUUCAUUUUGAAAAAUCGUGUGAAUAAGUCGACAAUCUGCGCCAUAAUCACGCCAUGCAUUUAGACAAUCAAAAGACAGAAUAAACUAUCUUUGUCUUGAAAAAUUCGGUAAGGUGUUUUCUCAGAGAUUCAUCUGAGUUGCCUGCGACAAAUAUCUUCAGUUUAUAUGAUUACGUAGGCCAUGAAACCAAAAGGGUAUAAACGGAAUUGCGUGGAAAUUGACAAGGUAUAAAAAAUGACUUUAUCAUCGUCACAAUAAUUAAGCGAGAGUUGUAACACGAGCGUGAAAUAUACUCUUUACAGCGCGCAAGCCUUCUUUAAAAAGUCGAUAAUACAUUUAUCACUUUUCAUGGAAACGUUCAAACUUAUGUCUAGACUAAAUUGAUAUGUAGUACGCAGGUUUUUUGUGUCCGGAAGUAUUCUUUGAGAAAUUUCAAAAGUUCAAUCAUUGUCACAAUUUAUUAUUCCAGUCAUUCAGUUUCUCCCACCCUCGCCGAAAAUUUAUCACAAUUAUCACAAUAAAAGGUAAGAGAACCCUAUAACGAUUGAGUCUUAAUACUUUCAAUUUUCGUGUGGGUUGAUGAACUGAAUUUUUUUGCCCCUUCUGAUGAUCUCCAUCAAUGGCUUGUUUAUUAAGCAACCGGCUUCUUUUUCACUGUCAAGUGCAAUCAAUGUCACUUAAAAUAAACGCUUGUUAAUAACUGUUUUUGACGAAGCAACUGACGAUUGCAUUGUAACUUUCAGAGAGAAGAGUAAACACCUCGUGCCAGCCCAGCGUCUUGUUGGUUUUUCAGGCGAAGUGUUUUGUAGAAAGUUGAAACCCUUGAGAAGAUCACGUUCGGACAAGAUCCGAGAAGCAGUUUUGGAGGAGAACUACCAAGACAAGGUAUAAAGAUUGUUGAGGUUGCCUUCUUCGUUUUCUUGAUAUGAGCUCCGGCAGACUUAAUACUAAAUAACAUUAUUUCAUUGAAGCAUUUUUAUUUUGUUAUACUGGCACUACUCAGGCUAUGUUACUUAAUUAUCAACCACGCUGCUGUUAGUGACAUUUCCCCAUCCGCUGGACUCCCUUGCUGCGAGGGACAGUACAUUCAAACAUUACAUCUUAAACGGCUCUUAUAUUUUGCAUUAUUUAUUUAUUUAUUAUUUAUUUAUAACAACUUUAUUAGUAAUAAUCAAUACAAAAAGGCUGCCAUCAGGGAGGAACUGAAUCCUCAUGUAAGAUGACCCCCUAAAAAUAUCUAUCUUAAUUAUGUAAUUAAGCUCUGAGGAAAAAGGGAGUAUUUCCCAGCUAAGGGUUUGAUAUCUGGUUGUACAUUUAUGGAUUUAACAGGUUUCACUUGACAUUGCUUGCUAGCUUGCACUCAUUAAUAUUUCACCAGCCGAGUUAUUCUAGUAUGGUAUUGUCCCUAAAUACAAAUGACUGCAACUCGGAUCAAAAACCCACCACUAAGAAAUAACAUUCUUUUUAUAUUUACUACUUGUUAUGUGUUGCUUUUGAUAAGUUAAAUGGUAUAAAGAUUAAAGCUUAUUUUAAGUUGUAGAUGUAUUAAAUCACGUGAUAAAUUUAUUACCUCUGAUAUUACUCUAAUUUUUAUUACAAAGUGCAAUAACCUUGCUCGGUGUGUGAAAAACCAUGGACACUUGUUGGAUUUAAUGUCACAAAUGACAUGUUGCAAUGGAGAGGAGUUUUGUGGUGCAACUCUGUGUCUGGUAAAAACAUCAGUUUUAAUUACUUGAUUAAAUAUUUAGCACAGUUGGUCAGGCCAGGGAGGUUGAAAUUUUUCAGUUUACUUGUUCUAUUAUUGUAUUUAUACUACUACAUGAGAAAUUUCUGCAAUUUGAUUGACUUAGAGCAGUGGUAUUUCAGCUUAAUUUGAAAUACCCACAUGUGAAAAUUACAAACCUUUUGCAGGUAGUAUAAACAAAUAAUAGCAUGAUUUGUACGUGAUAUUUGGCAUAAAUACCACUAGUGAUAUUUCAAAAUUGUCUCAAAUUUCAUUACGUAUAACAAUUUCGAAAUAUCACUCAUGGUAUUUAUGCCAAAUAUCACUACAAAUCAUGCUAUUACCUAUACUAAUAAUAUUAUUAUAGUUUUUGUCUGCUAUUGGCAUUAAGAUCUGCAGAAACAAGCUCAUACAAAUAAUUUGUUUAAAAAACAAAUGCGAUUCAACAGUGUGUUAUUGGAUUUAAUGCGUUUGUAAUAUACACAAUUAAAAAAUAAAAUCUGCCAUUCUGAUGCAAAAAAAUCACACGUAAAACAUCUUUCCACUGUUAUUGGUAAAAUACUCUGAUGGGAGUGGGAGCUUAACAGGGAUGGGCAGGGGGGUCGUAUUUUCAGGACUAGACUUGAAUAGAGAGGAGAAGUGUGAUGUACAUCACCUUACCAUAUGGCAACAAAAUGUUUGGAUCACAACAAUAGGGAGCUUUAAGCAACAAUGAUGGCGCCGGCAACAGCAUCAAGAACAGCAAAAAAUCCUUGGGUUUAUAUUAACAAAACAACAACUUUGCACGUGCACCUCGCAUUAUAGCCGUCAUUGCAUGACUGCAACAUGAAACUUCCUAAUUUCAUGUGCCCGCUUCAUAGAGUAGGUAAACACAAAACAACAAUUUUCAUUUUGUUUUUUCUUUAACUUAGAUAUGGUCCUUUCGGAUUUAACCCCAGAAAAUUUUGCCAACUUUUGACAAAUUAAAUGAAAUUGAAUAAGCUAAAUAAGAUCGAUGAAGCUUGAAACAGUGUGAAUUCUCUUUUUGACUGAAUUUUUGGUUUGUUUUCAUCCAAAAAUUUUGUUACCAUGACAACAAGACACGAUGACUUCCCCUCUCUAUUGAGGGGACCUUUAGAUUAAGGGCUUAAUUUAGAUGCUAGGGAUAUAACAUAGAGGGAAAAAAAUACCCCCAAAAAAACAUGGAAUUAAUCAUAUUAAAUAUCAUGGCAAUAACAAUUAAUAUGCCUCUAUUUUAAGUUUUUUUUGUGUUCAGUCCUACAAUUAAAAAUUCACACAGAGUUGGCAUACAAAAUUAAUUUAAAAUUAUCUCUUAUGCUUGCUUAUAUUUACAGGAGCUUCAAGAGUGGUAUAAAAACAACACAUCAGUAAUUGAAUACCUUCUUGGUCAAGUUGGAUCUAAUGUAGAUGUUCUUCCAAGCCAAAUUCAAGGUGAACUCUCCUCCAUUUAUUUUUUGUUCUACAACUGAGGCUCUUACUCUUCCCUGUAUUUUAGCUAGCAUUCAGUGACCAAAAGGAACAAUUAAUACCUGCCUGAUAAAUUUCAAGAAAAAGAACCAUACUUGGCACCUGAAGAGGUUCACUGGAAAUUUGGAGGGGAAGGGGGCUUGAAGACCAAAUUGCAAGGAAAGUAUAUGAAAAUUAAGUAGCAUUUCCUGAAGGUUUGGGGUGGUGGGAGGAGGAGGGGGGGUUCAAACCAAAAAAACCUCUUUGUGGGGAGGCUAUGAAUAUUUUUCUUAUGAAAUGACAUUGAAUAUGUUUAAAGGAGUUCAUGUAGUUUUUAUAGUGUUGCAGUAACUUUGAGGUAUACGGUGUCAUGUACCAAAUUAUCCUAAUGAAACUCUGUUUGGUUUGUGUGCAGUUUAAAUUGGUAUUCUUUAAACUCUAUGCAAAUUCUCUCAAGCAUUUCAGUGGUUUAACUUUGGUUUUGUAUUAUAGCCAGUUAUAUGUUGAGCUGCUAUUUAAUUUUUUAUCAUUAUUCGGCAGUUUCCUUAAGUGAAAUUUUACACAAAGAUAAAAAGCUAAGGAACAAGUUGGAGAAAGUCUUUUGGCCUGGCAAGCAGAAGGGAAAACUUAAGGUAAAAUAGACAAUUUUCAUUUUAAAGUAAUUUUAUGCACAUUGAACUUAAUGAUAUUAAAAGCACUAAAUUGAAUUAAGUGAUAACAUCUAAUAUAAAUAUCUAAAAAUAAUUCAUAGUCAAAGCAUAAAGUCUGAAGAUUUCAAGCUUAACACAACUUGCAGCAGACUAAAAACAGAUCUGCUCAUUUCCUAUGGGGUGAAUAGUACAUCACCCCUACUCCAAUUAAAGGUGAAAACUUUCAACUUAUUCAGUAAGACAAGACAACAUUUAUAUUUAUAUAGUAACUUAGAUAUUUUUAUUUUGCACUCGUAGAAAUUCACAUUCAGAUUUCAAUAGUAUACACUUGCCUAAAAACACCUUUUUUAUAUGUAUGCCUUAUAGCUAUUAUCAUUGUAUAACUUGACUGGUUUCGCCCUAUAGUGAGAACCCCUAACUUAAAUUCGCCCCAUGAGAAAUCAAGAAUCUAGCUAGUAGCUCACAGUGAAUUAGCCUCGUAAAUAGUUCUAGCCCAGCUUAAAAUGUUCAGAAUAACACUCCAAUCCACCAACCAUUAUGAUUUUAAGCACCAUACUCACAUUGUACCAGUUGCUUUGAUGACUACUUCACACACUAUUAAGCCAACGUUUUGAGUGCUUGGUGUAUAUGGUAGAAUUCAGUUUUUCAAAAAAGGCUUAAAUUGACCCAGUUUGUCUCUAUACUUCACUCUUUGAUCAAAAAAAGCAACUUAAGCAAGUAAUGUAAGGAUCAAGAUGCUGUAAUUCAAGCAGUUUUCUUCCCUGAAGGUCUUUAAGGUCUUAGAUUUUGAGAAAACACUGAAUUUCCACCAACCUGCCAUAAAAAUUUCCAAACCGACAACUAAGGGAGAUUUCCUUCAAUAAUUCAAGCCAAUUCACAGGUAUGUUUUGAGUAAAUGCCUAAAUUAACAGGAAGUUGAAGUUAUACCACAGCAUGGUCAGCAUUAGUGAACUCAGAAAAAUAGCCAUUAUACAGGGGCGAACUUGUAAGGGGCUGAUUGACUUUAAGGGGCAAACUCAAUGAUAUUCUUAUCAUGAGUAUUCUCUGGUCUAUUUAAAUGAACUAACCCAAAUUUGACCUUUUUAAAAUUGUUCCAUACAUCCUAGCUGAUACCUCCAACAGUUUUGGGGGCUAUAAAGAAAUUAAAUACAGUGAAAUAACAAUGCUAACAGCACUUUUAUUGUUUUGAAGGGAAAGGCCUACAAUUUAAAUCCAGGUACUGGUGCAUUUGUGUCAAGAAAAAAGACCCCAUUGGUGUAAGUAAAACCCUGCCAUCUUAUGUUACUAAGGCCCUAAAGAAACGAAGCGGGGGGGGGUCGAGUGACUCCCAUAUGAGAGGGAGUGCUCACUGAAAGUAAACCUCUAAAUAAAAGAGACCAUGCUUGGUUAAGGCUUUUUUGGAUCUCUGAUGGAGAACUUUAUACUGUUUAUAUUGACCUAUGCUAAUUGCCCUGCACAAAAGAUGUUUAAGUAAGUUGAAAGCUGUCUUCAACAUAGUAUAGUCUUUUCUUCCAGUCAUGACCUGUUAUCUAUGUAACCUCAUUCAUAAUUUAUAAAGAAAAUACAAAGAAAAUUAUUGUUUAAUGAGUGUUUGGAAAUCAGAUGAGAAACUGCUCAUUUUUGCAUCCUUAAUUUCUCCCUCCAUUAAAAUAAUACGUACCGUUACGUUAACCGUAGCCACAGGCGGCCCAGACGUAGUAUGUGUCACUGAAUGAAUAUAUUAAUAUCCACAUGGACAAAUUAAUGCGAUGAGUCGUCGAAACUCCCAUGGACUAAAAUAGUCUAAAAGUCAAAAUAUAACAAAACAAAGCUGAGAUACCUUCAACUGAACGUAUCCUUGUCUUUCCUGGCCGGUUUAAGUGGCAUUUUGUUGAGUUUUGAAAUUGUAGGUACUAUCCACUAAAGAAGAAUUAAAGGCUGGCUACAAAACAAACAGACCAUCUCCAGGCGCCUUCACACGAAGCGCUAUAAAUUCGAGAAUAAUCGACGAAUCCGCUCCAAAUAACCAUCGGCUAAUCUGCAGGUAACGUGUGCUCCUGCUUCUGGCUCGCUUGCUCCACAAAACCCAUCGCAACUGCACAAUAAUUGCUCGCUCAUCAAUAACCACUGUUGACCUUUACGCUUCGAUAUGACCGCAAACGACCAGGUAUAAUACGCGACGUGAAUAUUCAAGCUUAGCGACCGCGUUCGCGUAACAAUGCAGCACUUGCUAUGGGAGGGAUGGUACUAUUGCUUCUAGGUAGCCUGUGUACAGCCGCCCCUCACCUCAAAAAAAUCGGAGGUAAGGGGCGGCUGUACACAGGCUACUUCUAGGUCAAUCAAUCGGGAAAAUAAUAUUGAAGCCCUUGUAAUUUUUAAAAAGAUCCAAUUUGCCCUAGGAGCACCGAAAAGAUACGAAUCUUAUAGCGGAGCUAAAAAAAUUGAGCGGCAGUGUAAAAAGUGAACAAGAACAUGUACCAGAUUUUCUCCAUAAAAAGUGAAAACCAGGAAGUUUUCCCGACGUUUCACGUUGCAGUCAUGCAAAUCAACGGCAAGGAAAUGUACAAGAAAGUGUGCUGCAAUUAGACCUAUUGUUGUUUUUCACAGUUCUGGUCAAGGGCAUCCAACUUUUAAUUUUUCAUAUUUCACUCACAAAGUUUCGGAUUCAAAAAUGUGAUGAAAGAAGGUAUCUGAAAAAUCGUCUCCUUCGUAAUACGUUAAAUUGCAUCUAAAAUUUUCGGGAAAAUAAUUCUGAAUUCCUCGUAAUUUCGAAAAGACUCAAGUUCCUCUAGAAUGGCCGAACACUGAGAUGCAAAUUUUAUAGCGCACUUAGAAUGCAUUUCUAUAGAGCUAAAAGUACUUUAUGAAUAGCUACAAAAGUGUUUUCAAUUGAAAGUAUUUGAGGAAACAGUCGUUGCGUGGCCCUGUCUCGUUGCCUUCUCCGCUUAGCAUUACACGAUAUAUUUUAUAUUUAGUAUGAGCAAACUAUAAAUCAUUAGCUUCGCUUUUAGCCCUCCUGACUAAAUUUAUGUACGCGCUGUUUAGAAUGCAUUUUUCGAUCAAAAGUACUCUGGACAGCCUUAAAUGUGUUUUCAAUUCAUUUAGGGGGAAAUCAUCGUUGAGUGCCCCUGAAUUUUGAGAAUAAGAAAAAUAAUAAAAAAAGAUAUCGCGCACAUAAAUUUUACUUUACGAUAUCUUCAGCUGUAUCUUCUAUUCAGCUGCCUAGCGGGGGCCAGAUUUUGCCUUUUUCCUGGGCGGAAAAUUCUCGUCCUCCUUCACCAGUUUGGACAACAUAUUAUGGAGUAAGACGUUGUUAAUCUAAGCAAAUAAGUCUGGUAGAGUCAAGAACCUAUGCAAGCGGCUGGACGAACAAUGUGGCAGCAGCUGAGACAGGGAACGUUAGAAGAAUUCGAACUUGAAAACCAGGGCUGCCCUGCUGAAAACUUACGGACGAUCCCGCGAUCGCCUUUUGUUUUCUGGUCAAAGCUAACGCAGCGAACCUUCGGUCAGUCGAUUGACCUAGAAGCAAUAGUACCAUCCCUCCCAUAGCAAGUGCUGCAUUGUUGCGCGAACGCGGUCGCUAAGCUUGAAUAUUCACGUCGCGUAUUAUACCUGGUCGUUUGCGGUCAUAUCGCAGCGUAAAGGUCAACAGUGGUUUUUGAUGAGCGAGCAAUUAUUGUGCAGUUGCGAUGGGUUUUGUGGAGCAAGCGAGCCAGAAGCAGGAGCACACGUUACCUGCAGAUUAGCCGAUGGUUAUUUGGAGCGGAUUCGUCGAUUAUUCUCGAAUUUAUAGCGCUUCGUGUGAAGGCGCCUGGAGAUGGUCUGUUUGUUUUGUAGCCAGCCUUUAAUUCUUCUUUAGUGGAUAGUACCUACAAUUUCAAAACUCAACAAAAUGCCACUUAAACCGGCCAGGAAAGACAAGGAUACGUUCAGUUGAAGGUAUCUCAGCUUUGUUUUGUUAUAUUUUGACUUUUAGACUAUUUUAGUCCAUGGGAGUUUCGACGACUCAUCGCAUUAAUUUGUCCAUGUGGAUAUUAAUAUAUUCAUUCAGUGACACAUACUACGUCUGGGCCGCCUGUGCCGUAGCCUGCAGUUCAGGCGUAUUUUGGGUGGGCGAAACCUUGUUCCUGUUGCAAUUCGUAAUAUUGUAGUAGCCGCCAUCUUUGAUUUUAUGACAGUGGAAGAUUGGGGAGAGUAGAAAUCGUUCCUCUCUUCGGGAAGUUUCAACAUGGCGCUUUCGCGAGCAAAUUGCGCGCUCAAAGUAAACGCCUGCACUGCAGGCUACGUUAACCGUGGAGUUUGCUUUCCUGGAAAAAAUUAACUUCUGGGGGGACAAGGGGGGAGUAUGUGGUUGGUCCGCAGGGAGCAGAGGGGUUAUAUGUGAUGGCAAGCGAAGCGAAAACUUUACAGCCGAUCCAACGCCUCUCUUUACUGUAGAAUCGACUGGUGUUACAAACCUGAUAAAAUAUUUCCUGGCGCUCGGUGGAAACGAACGUUGCCCGAAGGGCAACGAAUUUGGAAAGCGAAGAUUUCCGAGAGGGUCGGCAUUAUAACCACAUCGAUCGAGAGGGACUGAGAUUGAAUUUUGGACACCUUGUGACAUGUUAUACCAUCGAAAGACGCUUACGAUGUUUUGGUGUAUUCGCCUCCCGGGGAUUCGUCUUUCUUUUGCUUUGAUUAUAUUUGGGAGAUCGCGUUCUCGCCAACAAAGGGUGAGUAGAACGAGUAUAACUGAAUUUUGGGGAUUUCGCCCAGAAGGCGAAAUCCCGAGGAGGUACUCCAGUAACUCGCGCGUAUAUUAAGGAAAGUACUUACAGUUGAAAUAUACAGUAAGUAUGCCAGAAAAAAAUCUCGAUUUGCUUGAACAGGGGCCGCUAGGAAUCGGUAGGUAAUGCACCUAUCAAUGUAAUUCCGGCGGGGGCGGAGGCAGGGCAUAGGGUGGCCGUGGGGAUUUGACUUUUUUCAAAAAUUUUCAAUCAAAUUCUCAGCCCACGGGCAAAUCAUUCCAGUCAAAUGCAACCAAAUUUCCCCACCCCGGGCUGCACAUUGCUGUCAAUCCAAAGGCAGAACCUAAGAAGGGCACAAUAAAAAUAUCUCUAAAUAAAACUCUGCAAUCUUUUAAAAAAACGUUGCUGCAUCACCAAAGAUACACGUUCAUGUUACAGCUGCAAUUAUACGUUUUAACCAUAAUCCGUGUUACACUGCGUAGAAUACAUAAACCUUUAGGAGAAAGUUCACUUUUUGUAAGUUUAAAUAUACAGUAAAAGGUACAAAGAAAGUCAGUUUUAUCAGUUUACAGUGAAUGUAGCGAAUAAGCCAUACACUAAUCAAUUGUACUUGCAAAAAUCGACUUGGUUUCUCUUUACUUCCGUUUACUUUGAUACCACAGUAUUUUAAGAGGUUCAAUUGAUCACUAACACGCUAAAACAAACGAAAUUUAAAGACAAAACAGUGAAAUCCACUCAGCCUUCGCUUGUUCUCAUUGGCCUCCAUGACUUCCUGAUCUUUUCAAACCGUACGGCGCAUGCGUGAAGCGUGAAAGCGGGAAACAUAUGUUCGGUCUCAGUCUUUUUUGUCCGAGUCGGCAGUCAAAUAUCUCGACGUCGGGCGAAGAAAGAUUCAAAUAUCCCCUCCCCUGGGAGAACAGGAUCAGUCAAAUGCCCUACCCCAGGGCCAACAAAGACAAUCAAAUCCCCACCCCAUGCCCUGCCGCCCCCCCCCCCCGGCUUUUUCUAUUGUUUGCGCUCGCAAGUACGAAAUGGUUAGGAUGACGUAAAGACAGAAAAUCCCGAAGGGACCGCUUACAAUAGGUAGAUUUUGUGAUAUUUAUUGUGCAGUCAUACUUCGAUACUCUUUUGCGUUACGUGUUAUCAGUGAUAUUCUGUGGAGCAGUUGUUUUGAAAGUUAUGGACCAAAAGACACCCGUUAAGCGCAGAUGAAGUUAUAAUGUGUGUAUAACUGUGUAUAUAUAAACAAUUGGAGAGUUUGACAGACACGAGUUUACAAAUCUUUGAUUGGAAACCUUGCCUGACACUCUUUCUCCCUCUUUGACCGGAAAAAGACUCAGCCCUAAACAAGCAAGACGAGUGAACAACGGCUAGCUUAUCACUAGCAGAACGAUGGACGAUUACAGAAAUUCGCCGACAAUCAAAUUCUGUGCUGACUUAUUCCCUUCUCACGGAUGUCCAUCCGCUAUAAAGUUUAAAAUAAGACUAGAAUGGGCGAGCGUGAAUUGAUCAAACCUCUUUUUAAUUUCUAAGGCUUACUUUCCGGCAAAUAAAAUGAACUGAAUGUAAAAACUGAAAGAGAAAUAGCGAAAAAUUCAACUUCCAAUUAAGUCUUUUCUUAUGGUUUAGAAUAAACUAUUCUGGAACCUGGAAUGUUUUGAUCAAGCUGUGUAAAUCGAACUGAAACUGUGCAUGGAACCUUGCGUUUCCUGUAUUUAUCUCACCUAUUGUAUGGAAUAUGUGUGAAAAUCUUCGUCUGUUAUGAAGCGGUAUAUUUCAAAGAGCUACACAACGACCAAGAAUACUAUUGACCGACAAUAUACUGAGCGGGGGCAGCUGUAGUGUCAACUAUUACUAGCAUAUACCAGGUUUAAAAGUUGAUCGAAUGACGGUUUGCUCGAUUAGUUUAAUUCACAGUAUAAAAGCAAAGGCAAUGCGUGGUAUCAACCGUAAACUUUAACUACAAUCAACAAUCAAGGUCACAAAUAACUCCUCUGCACCCUGUGAUGACUGUUGUGAUUAGGCAUAGGGAACCCAAGCUCUUAUUUGUAAGCUGCAAAUGGAAAUUAAAUAAGAGAUAAGAAAUCUUACCUGUUUUGUUCUAUUCUUGAAUCUGCUGCGGUGCGAAGUGAAAUGGGAGUUGUUUUACGAUGUGAAGGCGAUGUUCAAGUCGACGCUUUGACCGUUGUUGAUUUCAUAAUGCUUCAUGUGGUUUGUCUCGCGUUUUUCUGUUGGUGUUACGCGGUUGUUAUUCAUUGUUGGUUAUUAAUUUACUAACAAUAAAUUAAUAACCAACAAUGAAACGCGAGACGAUAAUAACAUCCGCGUGACACCAACAGUGAAAUCGCGAGACAAACCAUCGUUAAAGUAUUAUGAAAUCAGCAACGGUCAAAGCGUCGACUUGAACGUGGUUUUCGCAUCGUAGAACAACUUCCAUUUUACUUCACACCGUAGCAGAUUCAAGGUUUUAUCUCUUAUUUAAUUUCCAGUUGCAGUUUACAAAUAAGAGCGUGGGUUCCCUGUAGAUUAGGGUUUAUAAGCACCUAAGCAAUGACUGUAGUGAUUAGGGUUAAACACUGAAAAUGGUGCCGAUUAAGGCUAUAAGCACUGAUUAGGGUUAAUCACUUAUUCGGAUUUGGUUAGCUUUCAUUUGUUGUUAGGGUUCUCCCUAUAAUCAAAUCAACUUCUACUAGGCGGCAGUUCCUUCGUGGUCUAGUGGAUAGGGCGAUGGAUUGGGGACCCAGCGUGCCGGGUUCGAUCCCGCUUGACAUAUUUCUUACUGCCUCUUUUUAGUUUAAAAUUGAAGACACUUAGGCUUUCAUGAAAUUUCUUGGGCAAAAAUUUGAAAAUCCUAGGGCCUGUUUACAUGGAGUGGGGGACCCCGGUCUAGUGGGGUUGGUUUCUUUUGUUUUCACGCUCUGGGGGACACAAAACAAAAGAAACUUACCCCACUAGACCGGGGUCCCCCGCUCCAUGUAAACAGGGUCUAAGAAAAAGACUUAAGAAAUUGGAUGUAAGCGUCAGCGAGAGGGAUAACCCUAUUUAGUAAAAUCCAACUAGUGGUCUAUUAUUAAUGCUGCGUUCUGAUUGGUUGAGCUACUAGCAGUGUACUAGGCUACUAGGCCACUACUAGGCUAUAUGUUAUAGCCCACUAGUAGCGAAAAGCGCCAGCUUUGAAAGCCAGAACAAUAGCGGCUGAAUCGCAUUUUGCUAGCUAAAGUUGUUUUGUCUCGAUAUUUUUUACCAUCUAGUUGGAUUUUACUAAAACAGGAGCCCAUAACCCGGGGCGAGCAACUUACAUGCGCUCGUGUUUCGGCGUUUUCAUGGACCAGUUUAUUUUUAGACUUAAGAAUUACAUUUUUUGCCUUUUAAUAACGUUAAGUUUUCCUCUUUGAUAUCUUAUACUUCAAAUGCGCUUAUAGAGGACAUGGUGGAGAUUCUAUUUUUUCGGGAAAAAGUGUAGCCUGCGUAGCAGGCGCUAAAAAGUGCCCUAAAAUGUAUGUAAAAAAUUCGAUGCCAUGGUCAUCAUCAUCAAUCUUUAUUUAUACACGAAAUCGUAUCAUUUUACAUGGUCUUCCUAGGAAUCGUGUUUAAAACUAGACUAAAAUACUCUAAGGAACUAUUGACUAUAAUGUUAAAAAUACAAAAACUUACAUUAUGAAUAAUAAGAGUUACAAUGGGUCAUGGAGUAUUAGAAAAAUCUUUCGAAUGAAUUGAAGUUUUAAAAACAUUUAAACUAGGCAGUUUUCUGAUCUCUGAGGGAAUCUUGUUCCACAGAACAGAUCCUCUGUAGUGUAGGCUCCCUUUUGCAGACUCAGUUCUGGGUCUGGGGACAUAAUAAUUUAACUCAGAAUUUCUAAGAUUGUGUGAAUGUAUAUUUGAGGUGUUGGUAAAGAUCCGCCUCAGAUACGAUGGGGAAAGAUUAUUAUGGAUUUUAUACAUUGUCACAGCCAACUGUUUAAGUCUGACAUAUUCUAGCCUUUCCCAGCCAAGCUCAUCCAACAAAACACUUGAGCGAACGUCAUAGUUAGAAAAGGUGAGAAUUCUAGCAGCCCUAUUCUGCAGCUUUUGAAGUUUGUCUGCUAGUCCCUUAUUGAUAUUACCCCAUACGGCAGCACAGUAAUUAAAAUAUGGCAUUACCAGUGCAUUGUACAUAUUCACUCUAGUAUCAAAUGGUAUAAAAUGACUUACACGCCUUAAGAUAGCAAUACCAGCGGAUAUUUUCUUUGAAAUGGUAUGAAUGUGUGGGCGCCAAUUCAAAGAUUCAUCAAUUUGAACUACAAGGGAUUUAUGUUUAAUUACUCUUUCUAAGGGUGUAUUAUUGACUUUGACUGUGAAGUCACUAUUUAUUUGGGAUAACUUGAAUUGGCUCCCUAUAAGCAUGUAUUUAGUCUUCUUAACAUUUAAAGUUAAUUUGUUUGCUGACAGCCAUGACUGGAUUAAAUUCAUAUCAUAAUUCAUUUUAUGUUCAAGGACACAUGGGUCUUCUGCAGAUGUGGUAAGGGUAGUAUCAUCUGCAUACAUUCUGGGUUUUGAAAACAAAUUACAUGAAGGGAGAUCAUUAAUAUAAAUAGUGAAUAAGAGAGGGCCUAAAAUAGACCCCUGUGGAAUACCACAUGUUAUAGUACAGAAAUCAGAUUGUACUCCGUCAAUGAAUGUUUGUUGCUUUCGGUCAGAUAGAUAGGACUGGAACCAGUUAAGAGAUUGAGAACUGACCCCAUAGAGUUUAAGCUUUCCCAGAAGGAUAGCAUGAUCCAUGGUAUCAAAAGCUUUUUUCAAGUCCAGGAAUAUCACACCAUUUAAAAGACUGUUGUCAAUAUUCCAUAGCCAUUCAUUCGUAGCCUCAAGUAAAGCUGUUUCAGUGGAAAACAUAGGUCUGAAGCCAGAUUGUGAUUCAGUUAAAAAGUUAUGAUUCAGAUUGUGAUUCAGUUAACAAGUUAUUAUUAUUUAUGAUGGUUUCCUUCAAUCCCAGUUCCGACGGGUAGAUAACUGAUGUAAUCUCCAAAACCUUCGUUGUUCACGCUGAAUAGAUCGUCUAUAUAAGGAAAGGUAUUACCAAACGAGACGGCUUUCGUCAUAUCCUGUUUUGUUGUAAGCAUGAAAUCAUACUCGUAAGUGGGGAGGAACAUAUCAGCCAAUAACGAUGCGCUGUUGGUGCCCAUCGGUAUACCAACCACUUGUCGGAGAACUGAGUUUCCGAAACGGACGUAGAUAUUGUCUAUUAGAAAGUCGAUGGCAAAGCAAAGUUCCUUGCAAGGGAAGAAAGUGUACUUCGUAGGCUUCCUAUCAUCCGUCCAGAAAGUGUGAAAGUUACUGGUGGCGAUGAAGCUGUUUCCGCUGGCGUUAAAAACUCUUUCUAGUAGAUCAUGCAGUUGAUUUUUAACUUAGCAUGCGGUAAGCUCGUAUAAAGAGUAAAAAAAUCCCAAGUACUUACCUUCCUCAUCGAAAGUCGUUUCUCUUCAAGCGCACGAAUGACAUCCAACGAAUUGUUGAUGAUCCAAAUGUUGUUAGCACCAGUCCUCUUCAGAACUGUUUUACAGUAAGCAGUGCAGUGGCGUUUCACUAGCUUAAGGCACUCUGUAAUUAAUUUAGAGAGCUUAGUGGUAGUACAUGAGCUAGAGCCCGCGAUAAACCUUGCUUUAUAUGGUGUUUUGUGAAGUUUUGGUAUCCAGUAGAUUGAGUAGAUUUGUGGAGUUCGUUCUUUCUCUUGUAAUGUAAUGUUAAAUGAGUUCUUUAGGCCUGUGGCAUCGUUCUACAUAAUUUCAUCAACUCUGACAUCCUGAACUUCAUAUGUAGAAUUAAUGGUACUUCCAGAAGUAAUUCCAAGUUCUUCCAUUAGAGUCCGUAUGUAAAAAUACGUGCAAACGAAAAUGAAGUUGUUGCCAGCCUUAUCGGCAGGAACUGAUACGUACUUACUCUGUAGCUCCAGUUCAAGUACGCCACGACAUGUCUGCUUCUACGAUUUUAUGGCACAGCCGAAGGGUAUGACGCUGCAAACUGUUGAUUCUGUUCUUGAUGAUCAGUUUUACCGUUUCAGACCAUUUCUCUAACGUUGACGCGCGGUGGCCUUCUCGUUAACUCCAUUUUUGGUGUAAUCAUCUUAUACUGUUUUUGUUAAUAUUUUUCUGUUAAGGUCCCUGUCGAUAGCAUUCUGUUCUCCAUAUUUUGGACGUUUCUCUAAUAAACGUCUAACUUUUCUGUUCUGAACGAUGCAAAGGUCACCAGUGAUGACAUGGCCAUGAGGCUCAUAACGAAAGGUAGAAGAUUCGCAGUCACACUAUGAAGAAGUACAUUGUGUCUCACUAAUCAUCGAAAUUAAUGUUACGGAAGGUUUGAUUAUAAUUAAAUAUACUCCAAAAAAUAUUUUUUUUGUAAGUAUAACUUACCAAUGGUGGGUCCUCUUUCUGAAAAUAUAUAGGUACUUUAGAUCUAACUAAUUUGUUUAAUAUGUAAAAUGUUAGUUAAGUUAACUUUAUCUAUCCGCUUAAUAUGAAAAUACAUUUAUUUAAGCGACCUGUUGGCUUAGCACUGGUAUUGUAACCAGUACGGACUUGAAAACAAUAAUCGGCCGGUAUACGAAAGGGGCACCUUUUUCGUCAUAAAUGGUAUAUAAAAGGGUGAGGGGUUGGACUUCGGGGCCCAUCCCAUCAGUCAUCAACCCCUUCCGUCUCAGUGGAUUCGAGUCCUCGCUCCUACUCAUCCCCUUACGCUCCGGUCCGAACACCUAUUCAGACUGCACUGAUUGUCUUAUUUUGUAACAGAUAAACAGGAAUGUCCUGGAGCCUCCCGGGUACCUAGAAAUUCUCCUCACCUUCCCUUAAUCAGUCCCGAAUUAAAAAAUGUUUUCAGUCGCAAGUGCCCAAACAAGGGUUAAUCUAUCAACGAAAUCGUGAGAGUGGUAAGGUUUUAACCUUCCUUGAUCGGCCCGAUCCGCCGAUUCAAUUGCGUUUGCUUAACAUAUUCGUCUAUUCAUUUACUCAUUCAACAGGGACGGUUUUCUUCAGAUGUUUGUGUAUGGCAUUAAAGAAGACAUGCCACUAGUUUUGAUGGUUAGGCAGGAUGAACCAGGUCGCAUUUUAAAAGAAGCUAUCCGGAAGAAGUGUCCAACGUUUCCUUCCUUCUUCACGCUCCUGCAUCGAGGGCGAAAGGUACGCACGCAUAUAAAACAGAGAUCGCAAAUAACUGAGCGAAUCAGUUUGACAUUUUAGUUUUUUUGGAAAGAUCACGGCUUUAGAAGUGUUUAAAGGUUAAUUAUUAGGCAGCACUUUUUGUAAAUAAAUAAAUAAUAAAUAGGGAUUUAUUGGAGGUAGCACAUCCACAAAGUUGUUCUUCGUCUACCUGAUUCCUGGUCGAAUUGGAAUUUUCCCUGGUAUUCACUAUUUUCACAUAGACCAUAAUGCAUCUUGUUUAGUUCUCAAAACUGUAUUUUCCAUAACCAUUGUUUCCAAUUUCUCUUGGCUAUUACAAAGACAAUGGUUACUCAACAUUUAAGGGGGUAAACAAGAUUGUGGCGUAUGUGAAAAUGAUGGAUAUACUACUUGUUUAUUUGCCAUAAGUGGGUUGAGUUUGUUGUUGGUUUAUCCUUCUCAGCUCCGAGAUGUUUUUCUCUGAGUAGUCCGGGUUUCCCCUCUCCUCAGACCGAUCAUUUUCAAAUUCCAGUUCGACCAGGAAUCAGGUAGACGAAGAACCACUGCGUGGAUGUGCUACCUCUAAAUCAUUAUUCAUUUAUUGAUUUAUUUACUUACAGAUUUCGGACGAACGUGCACUCAAAGAACAAGGGUUAACCCAAGAUUGCAACAUCCAUGUCCAUUUUAGUUUGUAUGGAGGUAAAUCUUCACGCAUUUUGCUUUCUCAUAGCAUCUAUGUUUGAAUUUGGAUUUGUUUUUAGUCUACGUUUUGGCCAGAAUUUUAUAGUUGUAUUUUAUCCCUACUCUUUAAGGAAUGGAGAAAGAAAAAAAUGCGGCAGAUCAAAGUGGAGAAAGAAACAGAAAAGGUGAAGGUAUUUUUACGCUAUCGUAAUCGUAAUGUAGAGGUUUCUUUAUUAAAGGUUAAAUGGGUACACUGAACCGUUUGAUUUUUUGCAGUUUUAAGUCUGAUAUACAACUAAAAUGGCGCCGCUAUGAUCACCGGUCAAUAUCUAGCUGAAACCGUUUCUAGAUAGGGCCAAAGUCACCAUCUAUACAAGGCUACAGUUUUAAAACCGCUAGAUGAUUUGCCUCCUGCAAGCUGGGAUUCUCAGAGGGAGAACUACUCCGUGAUUUAACUCGCUGAUGCACACUCUGCCGUUGAACAACCAAUAAGAAAAAGACAUAAAUUCUCUCAUUAAAAUGUCGUCAGUAUUUCAUAAUAAACGGUGACGUUUGGACGUUUUAGCCAACUUCUUCCCUCCCGUUGUCCAGGUAAACCUUGGGAAUUUGGAUUGGUAGACAAAAAGACUUCAACUGGACUUGAAGCACCAAAUCUUGGUUGAAAUGCCCCUUGUUUUGUUUAUUUCAAAUUGUCUACUUCCUCGUAUUAAGGGUCCGGAAAAACGUGUAAUUGCCUUUGAAUGCGCCUGGUGGUUACAUGGACAACUCGGCUGAUUAACCGGAAGCAGUCUGCUUUGCCGGACCUAAUGUGCAAUUCGAAUGUAGAUUAUAGUAUCCGUACUUUGACGGAGCAGAUAUAUUUCAAUCGUGUUUGUACUAAGAUUUCUUUUAGGUUUUUUUCUGUUCGUAUUGUAAGCAAACGCUUUGUUAGCGAACGUAAUUAAACGAAAUCAGUCAGGCCCGAAUCAGCGUCGUCUUAAUUAGUGCGGCAAGCAUCGUCUAGCAGCACGAAGCUUAACUACGCAUAAUCUGGGAACUCCAAAAAAUUUUUAUGUUUUAAUGUUCUUUACACUUAUAUUUUGCACGUAGCUCCGAAAAAGUGGAAAAAGGCACAAGUGGUGAAGUGGGUAUAUAACGUUUGUGAACAGUUUGAGAUUGAAAAGGAGGACGUUUCGAAGCUGACGACACUCUCAGGCGCUGGACUCAUGAAACUGAAACGACAGGACUGGUUGGAAAGGUGUCCGGCACAAGGCGAUUUGUUUUUCAACCUUUGGACAGAAAUGCUUGAGCAAUCGGCAUGGGAACGUGGAAGUGAUGCUAAGAAAAGCCCUCCCAACUCACCCAGAAAAGGUACUACUAGAUUUGCUUGCGCACAAAAUGGAACCUGCCAACAGGCGAAACAACUGCUGACAUUGGAGACCCGAGACGUUUGGGAGUUGUUGGAUAGUGUUACAUAACAACUCCCAACAAUGUUAAGACUUGCAGUGCAAUAUAUAUGGAAAGGACACGAAACCAUAACACGUUGUAAUCCUGUGAUAUACGUGACUCAAGGGGACCAUGCGUUAAAUGCCAAUGCGUGGCCCUACAAUGUUGGAAGAGUAACAUUGUUGAGCUACGCUUUGUCGAUCACGGAACAAAAGAAAUUCUGGGAAUUGUUGACUCAAAGGUUUAACCGCGGUUUCAAAUUUGUGCAACAACACGCAACAACAUGCAAUCGGGUGCGCAAACGGAAGCAACAUGUAACAGCAUCAGUUUUGGCACCUGUUGGCCAGGAAUUUUGUGUCCGCUUGCACGAAGCUUCAAAAAGCUGUUAAUAAUUGGUAGAUCUUCAAUUCUUUGGGUUGGAAGGUCACCCAAUCCUAAAAUCAAUGCAAAAAGCAGGGUGCAGUUUAAAAGUCAGCACAAGCAACAGUCGUGCAGACGUCACUGCAGACGGAAAGCACGGUCACAGUUGCAAGGGGAAACAAACCAUACUUCUAGAAACGAAUGGCAGGUGUUUUCCCACCCAAGUUACGCUUGGCCUCCGCUGAGACAUGACCAUUUCAUCCACCAUCGUUGGAUGAGGGGCAAAUCUUCGGGGCGAAUCUAACAUCAUACAUGUCCUGCUAAUCCGUGCACACUGCAUUGGGAUCUUUAGGAUUAUUUGCCGAUAAGUUUAAUUUACAAGGAUAACAUGGCCCUUUAGCAUACUGAUUCCACAAAGUGUUUUGUUUAGGAGAUGCGGAAUGUGCGCCAAAGACUGUCGUAGACGCUCUGCCCGAAAAAUCGGGCCCAUCGCCGAAAGAUUCCCCAAGGAGUAUGUCUCCAAAUGACGAGCAGCGUCAGGAAGUGUCCAUCCCAAGCGAUUCUCAGAAGAGGUAUAAUUUCUGCAAAGUAAUUUUUAGCUUUUUCGGGGAGCUAGCGCUAGAGGUGUAUGGUAUCACCACGGGCAAGCCACUGGCUAAAAGAGGUAAAAUAGCAAACUGCUCAGCCGCGCUAUCGUUGUUUUCCUUUUGGUGCUUUGCACUCAUCUCUCUCGCGCGGUCGACCAUGUAACAUUAUUUAAAAGGAGUCCGUAACAUCAUAUUUGCCAACCUCCCCAGACCCCUCCUGCUGUCGGCUACAGGCGCUCCUGAGAACUCAAGUUUGCUAACAAUGUCAUUUGAUAUCUGAGUUUUUCUAUGACCUUUAAUGCGGAAUUCCCUAUACGUGUACCAGAGAGUUUUAAAAGUCAUAAGCGUCACUCAUCUAGUGAAACAUCUGAUGACCAUUAUUGGUGUGGCCGUGAUUGCAUUCUUGUUUGCUUUUUUUUCAGUGACCAGGCUUCCGAAGGCCCGUUUGGAACGGUUGAAAAUCUGGGCAAACAUGACGAUUUCUUAACUGUCGACGAACUUUCUUUGCGGCUUCCAAAUGAUGGUGAGGUGAUAUCCGUGAAAGGAAUUUGUUCAUCUAGACCGCAAAACUCUGGAGGAGCGGGUACAUGUUUGCUAAGAAAUGAUCCUGUUAAAGGAUCAGCUUUCAUUGAACUAAAGGUGGAUAUAAGAGCUUGUCCUGAUUCCACGACACUGACCAAACACGUAAUCUCUUCAAUACUGAAUGUGAAACUUGGCGAGGAAUUAUUUGUGAAGGGGGAAAUACAACGAGUUGAAAAAGGUCUCAAGUCGAUGAAAAAAGGAUUCCAAAUACUUCCAUUUAAAAUUGUCGUGUAUUCUAAUCACCAUGCCGCUUUUAGAAAGGAUGUUAAAGUGAAACCCUCAUAUCUACGUCAGCUAUCGAUUCCAUGGCCAGUGGAAUAUGGCAUUUUCCCAGCAGAAGGAUCCACUCAAGAGGCCAUUUUUGAGGGGGAUACCUUGGAAAGCACUUAUGGAAUUUUGUUCUGUCCUACAGAUGUACCGGUAGAAAAUAUUAAAGAGUAUGUCGUGGCGCUUAAAAAUAGUCUGGGUGGAGAUAUUUUUAUUGGUGUGAACAGUGAUGGAACUGUUGUUGGCUCACGAGUGUCACGAGAUACAAUAGUACAGAAGAGAGAUAACUUAGCCAGAGUUUUGAGCGGAAUAUUGCCAAGUGUGAAUGAAGGCACUUGCUUUUGUAAGUCCGCCGAAGAAGCACAUGAGUUUGUCCAAAAGGAGAAAAAUUUUGUGGCUGCCAUGUAUCUGCAAGGUAAAGAUCCUUCUUUCGCGGAUGUCUUUGAAGAUACGGAUAAAAUAUCUGUUUUAUUUCGUAUCCAUGUGGCAAAGGGGACUUCAAUAUUGAGCUAUGUAAAGCCAGAACAUACGCAUGCUUAUAUUCGCGAAGGCACAGAAACAAAAUUGAUGACAUGCGACGACUUAUUCGGCCGCCUCGAGUCACUUGCAAGUCGCAACAUCCCUAUUAAAACCCCCACAGAUAUAAAUAAAGAGGUUAACAAAGCGUCUACGUAUGAGGCAACUGAAGAGAGUUACAACUUGUUUAAAAGAGUAAAGUUUGAAACAGAAAAAAGAGAAUUUAAAGUAAUUUUUGGCGACCCAACGAAAAUUAUCCUAAAAGAUUACGUUAAAAAAUACUCGGCGUCAUUUAUCAACACAGACACUGGAUGGGGUGACAUUCUUUUCGGAGUAGAGGAGGAUCGACAGACAAGGUGCGGUUAUGUAGUGGGAAUAGUCAUGCCAAAGAAUGACAGAGAAGAAGUUUUGCGUGGAAGCAGUGAGAUAAUCUGCAAUUUCUGGCCUCCGGUUGAAAGCUCUCAGUUUUUCAUGAAGUUUGUGGAGGUAAAAUGUGACGUGCGAAAGAAUUUGUUAAGAUAUCCAAAAACACACGUUGGAAAGGAGGAACAGUUUAUCAAGAUAAAUUUUCAAAGUAAUUCAAAUGUUCAGAAGUUCGUCAACUUCGCCAAAUCAAAAAUUGGCCAGUUUUCUUCUGUUCUGCGUCUUGAAAACAAUGGUUUUGGUCUCUUGAUGAAGGAUGCUUCUAAAGUGAACGUGGAGAACUUUAUCUCUGAGUUGGAGAAUGAAAGAAAAAUUUCAAAUUAUUUCCAAAUUCAUGUUUCUUCUCUGAAGGAAAUCGAGGCCAUAGUAAAGGAUUUAUGUGUGGUGCACCUCCACGUGAGACGCUCUCCUUACCCUAUUCAUCUCACAAGUCCUUUUCGUACGUUUUGCUUGGAUCAACAAGGGGUUGUGAUUGAGAUGAAGCCCACUCAACUUCUCGACCGUUUCGCUAAAAGACAUUAUCAGUAUGAUCCUAGCAAGCUUUUAAAUGCUGCAAACAGAUUUGAGAAAGAAAAUACGUCGUACGUUUUGAUUUGCUCUCCAUUUUUCUUUCCAAAACAUGAACGUGAUUUGUAUGGUUUGGUGGUUCCCGAAUGGGCGCUGGUGCUUGAUUUUGAUCAGACUCCAAAACAGGAAGGACAUCUUUUUAAUGUCUUCAAACCUUUGCAUGAUCUGCAUCAAGUUGAACGAAAUCUGUUUGUAAACACUCCUCUUGAUCGAAGACUAGAUGUGAAUCCAAGAAAUGGCGUAUGUUGGUGCGCGGUUCGAGGCUACGAAGACGUAGACAAAACUCUUUCCAAAGAGGGCCAUGCGUCAUGGUUGAUGACUCAUGGUCAUAAAAUGAGGACACUUAUCGAUCAGCUGAUUAGUCAUAUCAACCCUAACGAGUUGGUUGUAGUAUGCUUGUGGGAUGAUGGCCAAGAAAAGCUACUGCAAUCUGUUGAUACUCUUUUGCAGCACUUGUUCUCCAGUUGGCCACCAACAAAGGCAAUUUUUGUUUGCAGCAACACUUCAGCCGAAGCUGCAGUGUUGUCAUUACUUGUUGAACCGCUCGAGAGAGCCGAAUUUGGAGUAAAACGAGAGAACAUCUUUGUUGCCUUACCUUUUGAAAUGGCUCGCCAUGUAGGGAAUGAACUUCCUCCGCCUUACCGUUCAGAGGAUGCAUUUCAAAUUCCAAAAAAAACGUAUUUUCCAGAUGGCGACCGAACAAUUCCCGACACUUUACCUCAGACGAUUCGCCAAGCAAUCCAAGGUCAUCUAAAAAUCAUGUAUCAAAAUACUGGAGCUGCUUUCAAGUCAAAGCCAGAAGAUGAGGACAAGGUACGAGUGAAGUUUUAUUCAGGGUCUGAAAUUGACGAAACCGGCCUGGCCAGUGGAAUUGCAAUUGAAAGAGAGAAAAUGAAAGAAGUCAAGAAAGAAAUGAAAUCGCUUCUUAAUGACAAGAGAUCACAUGUUUGCUUCACGAUAUUAAAAGCCGAGAGAGGAGCUGGUGCUACAACGUUAUGCUUGCAACUUUUAUACGAGUUUCAUAAACAGUACGUGUGUGCUCGACUCCUUGAAUUUCAUGAAAGCUUGCCCACUAGCAUCGAGAAAAUAAACCACUAUACUCGACUCCCCGUCAUCCUAUUUGUUGACAGUGAAAUGGCUUACUUACCAGAGUUCAAUGAUUUUAAGAAUGAAGCAGAAAGACGAAAUUUAAACUUAAAGUUACUUAUAGUGGAAUCUGAUCUUUUAUAUAUUCAACAAUCGCCAAGCAAGAAGAAGCAAUCCAUCCCACAUUUUGUGGGGACAGCUGCUUUCAAAACGGUAGAAUUGAACCGUGAACUAACUUCAGAAGAAGCUGUCCAGUUAGUGGAUCAUUUUCUCAAAAUCAAAGACAUUUCGGAGGAGAAAAAGGCCAAGCUAACAGGGCUGAAAGAAAAAGUAUCAAGAGAGCGGUCUUUGCGAAAAUUUGCAAUUGUGAGCUUGACGGCUUUUGGCAGAAAGUUUACUGGUCUGAAAAACUACGUGGCGUAUCGCUUGGCUCAAGUAACCGAUGAGCUGCAGCUCCAGAUUUUAGAGUUUCUCGCUCUUACUCACGUGUACACGGACUUUUGGUUUCCAGUGAAUGCCUUUGCUCGAAUGGCCAAAAGGGAAGUUGUUUUACUGGAAAGAAUAUUCAACAACGACGACGUUAGAGAGCUUUUGAGCCCCCCUUCCUCAGCUGGCAAGAACACCAGAAGAAUGUCUUUUGUUGAGGUGGCAGAAGAGGUACUUAAGCAGCAAGCACAGAAGCGUGAAAUGGUGCAUACAAUUUAUUUGAAAGAUGUAGCCCUUCGACUUGCCAGAUGUGCCCUUUCAGAUCCACGGCCCAGUAAAAGAAUUGAUCGCAUUACCAGACGAUUGUACGUCACAAGUGAGUACGGCGACGAGAAGUUUUCUCCAUUUGUGCGGUCCAUGAGGGAAAUUGACCCUGAUGUAGCGCGUGACAUGUUGCAUGACCUAAGUGAAAUUUUUGAGAGAGGUUCCAGUGUCUGGGCCCAUCUUUUGGCUCACUUAGCAAAGUACUACAUGGCUGUGUACGAAAAUUUUGCCAAAGCGAUACCUCUCAUUCAGGAAGCGGUAAAGGAGAACAAGGAUGACGUACUUCUUCAUCACAUCCACGGAGAUAUAACGCGCCUUCAUGUUCAAAACUUAAAAGAUCAAGUGAAUUUCUCUCUCAAUGAAAUCCUUCGUUACGCCAUUCAAGGCAGCCAGUGCUUUGUUACUGUUAAAGAAAAGAGGCCGCUAAUGGAGCAUGGUUAUUCCUCCGACGCCCUCAUCAGGAAGAUUGUCAUGCUAGCAGCCAUCAAGUCAGUUGGCGGCUCAUAUUUUGUUGAUUUUCUGAAAACCUUUCUCAAUCGACUUAAAGCAAAUGAAAAAAUGACUUCUUGCUUGACUCUAGAAGACAAAUAUAUUCUGUCUUUGGUAACAGAGUUUUUUGCAAACGUUCAAGUAGUGCCAAUCAACGAGUUUAGUGCUAAUUUGAAAGAUGAGGUGUUGGAAAAUUUGGGUAAGCUGGAUGACCUCAAAGAUGUCUGUGAAGAUCUGAAGGAAACGAUGAAAGGAACCAGUGACGAAGACUGGGUUGAUGUAGUUGUUCUACAAACCAUGUCCUUGGUAUAUUCUUUGGAAAUUGAAAAGAAACAACUUGAGCCUCUCGAAGCCGAUGAAAGAAUAAAAAGUCUGGAAGAACUGUUAUAUAAAACAGGUUUCGACGAAGAGCCCAUGAAAAUGUGGAUAAGGUACGUGAGGCUGGGAUCGACGGUUCCUAAGCUAAAGGCGGUCCGGAAACAUAUCGACAGGUGGUUAAAGAAGACCAGUAGAAAGUCACCAAGUGCUCUGUUUUACAAGUAAGUGCUGAUUAACAGGCAACAUUUUACAUUUGAUUUUCUACGACAAGACUUGUAACGUCAGCUCUGUAGUAGCAUCAGCAACAGUAACAUCAAUAAUAAUAAUAAUAAUAAUAAUAAUAAUAAUAAUAAUAAUUACUAUAAUUAGUAGCAUAUACUAAAACAAUGGAUAGUGUUUAUCGCACGCUCUGAUUGGCUACUCAAUGUCAGGAUAUCCAGUGCCAUUCACCGAUUCACCACCAGCUCUCACUGUGUUAGUAUAUACUUCACGGCUCGGUGCCCCGACACUGAGGUGAAUAAUUGUUAUUUAUUAUUAUUAAAUUAUUCGGCUUCCGUACGAUAUUAGGUCUCGGAGAGGGGUAUCCGUCUCAGCAUUGGCGGAUACCCACUCCUCGGUGUUCAUAAUUCUUCAUAUCAUACUCAGCGUAGUCCAAUAACUGUUAAAGCAAGCUAUCAAAGCUCAGUUGGGAAUGCUUCUAGAAGUGUGCACUUCGCCUCUUUAUAAACCAAAAGAAAUUUAAGGAAAUUGACAGCCUUAAGCCUGGUUUCUAUAUAAUCGUCCCAAUCUUGUCAAUUGCCCGAGUCGUCGCACAAUGUGUUCAAACUAUUGAGAAAUUCACAGGGAAACACCUCUGAUACGAUGCGGACGAUCCGAGCCGCAGUAGUAAAUGCCUUGAUAAAACCCAGAGGUAUAUUUGGACGAUCAAAGUCAUGACUAAACAAAAUUGGGAACUCCUUUAACAGGGAGGACGGUACACUAAAAGAAAGAGACCUUUGCUUGCUAAGCCAUGGAAAAAUAAAGCUGCAAGUACGCGGGAAGUGAGAGAAACGGCAGAGCUCUUUCCUCUCUAAAAUAAUUUGACGAGCAUAAACUUUGCGCUUUCUAGGAAAUAUUCUUCCUUUUCAUCCUUUUGAUCCUUGACAAAACAGCAAAUAAGUGGUAACAUUGCGCAACUGUGACCUAUUCAAGAGAUCGAGGCGAUUAUAUAUGGACUUGUCAGCGUCGUGUCGAUCAAUGUAAAAGUUCUGGGAAUAAUUAAGACAAUCGAGACGAUUAUUUUUUAUUUAAACCAGGCAUACCGUUUUGCCCAUUAAUGCUAGUAUUGUUGAAAUAAUCUCAAUAUAUCAAUGGUAGUUACAGUUUCGAACUCAGCAUUUGGAUCACCGGUGAUUAUGUACUUCACUUGCAUAACUCUUAACAUUUCUUUCACUGUAUAUUUACUUUUAAGCUACGUUGUGGCAAUUUUAGAGGCGCUAAACGACCCCAACGAUACAGAGAAAAUGAAGACAGCAAAUGAAUGUGUUACAGAGUUGCAGCAUAAAAGAAGAUUGCCAAGGUCCAAAGGAAUCUCACAGGACCCUUCUCUUCCUCUUGAAUGGCUUCAUCCAAAAGAAGGUCGUCAAAUCAACUCGCUGGACACAUUACUGUAUCAUGAGGAUUUAGUAAGAGAUUACUUAAAAGGAGCAACUCCUCGGAAUCCAAACAGAUCUGGCAAGGAAAUAAUAGAAAAAGCUUUGUUUCAAAAGAGCAUCACUAAGUGGGAAGGAGUGGUCAGUGAGAUAUCCUCUGACUGGAAAGGAACUAUAAGCCUUAAGAAACGAAUCAACGUGUCGUUUGUUCCCGUCAAUGCUCAGCCUUUUAUGCCAAAUCAAGGAGACGAAGUACGUUUUUGCCUGGCAUUUCACUGGACUGGUCCAACCGCCUGGAGUGUUAUUUGCCAAACAGGACUCGCCAAAUCUCAUAAAGCUGCUGUACGUUCCACAGUUACUUUUCGUACCCAUCCAGGGGAAGAUGAUUCUGAUAGUGAAACAAGUGACAGGGGUGAUGAAGAGGAUCUUUCACCGCUUGUUGGACCAUCACUGCACACUAAAACAGUGAGACCCCGACAGGAAGUGCUGGCUGAUAAUGAUGAUAGUUACAAGUGGAGCCACAAAUUAGAUCAAGAAAUGCAAGGCAUUAUCCUGAAACGGUUUUCUGAAAGCGGCUACGGAAAAAUUUUUCAUCCGAAAUUUCAAGAGAAUUUGUUCUUCCAUGCCAAGCAAAUUGUUCCUCCGAUUGACAGUCUUGACUCCAUAGAGCUGUAUACGGUGGUGUCCUUUACAAUUGGAAAAACUGACAGAGGACCAAGAGCCAUGAACAUCAAAACAGUGGUAUGUUUAUUGAACACUAUUCUGUAGUGUUUUCUUUAGUGUGCAUUUUAUGAACUGCAAACUGGCGUAAAAGGAUGUUCAUGCUUGACGCGUAGCGGAUGAAAUGGUUAAAUCGUAUGCUUUGAAAAGUUUGUAACAUGUAAAUCGCGGAUUGCACCUCAGGAUAAUUAUUCUUUUUUUAUCAACUUGUAACGGUACGUGACGGACCUAAAGAAAACCAAGAUGACUCAUUUUAAACCAAUUUUACUCGGGGUCGUAUACUUAUGUCCAGAAAUGCAUGCAAUGGCGAAAAUGACGAAAAAUAGCCAGAGGGCUGACAAUUCAAAUAGUAUGCCAAAACGACCUUGAAGAGUGGCGAUUUUGGCGAAAUUGACGAAAAUGGCAAAAUUUUGCCAGAGGGCUGGUGAUUCGACGUUACUGAAUUGCUUGUUUGUAUGAUGCAAUUAUAUAUAGGAGGAGAAAAACGUCGAUGCAAUACUGGUAGAAUAUCAAAACGAACUACGCAAAGAACACAGUGCAAAGACUGUUUCCACAUCUGAAGCUCGUCGGAGCAGGUAUGCUCUUCAAGCUCAAGCUGCUUUUAUGAGCAAAUCUUAAAGUCCAUUCUACAGAAAAUGCCACUGAAAAGGUCGAAUUAUACUGGAAUGGAGAUCAUAUCACCUAACCAGAAAAAAAUCUGAACCUAAAUAAAGUCUAUGUAAUUAGGUAGAAAGGGAUUGUAGGUAUAAGUAGGGGGCAGUUACGGCGAGUUAAGUAGGUAGGGAGCAAUUAGGUGCAAAGCAAGCUAAAGCAAGCGAGUUAGCCGAAAACCGUCAUUUCAACUAGCGCGCAUUUGGAUGAGCAUUAAUUACAGUUCUUCUGUAAUUUUAAUUCCUUCCAAAACUUCACUUGCCCGUCGGGCAAGUUAAGGACAGAAUUCAUUAGCCCAAUUGCAAAAUCCAAUAGCCACGAGUUAUUGGACACUAUUGCUUUCUAGGAAAGACGAGGGUUGAAGUAGUUAAGUAGGUAGGUAGGUGUGAAGUUAGGUACCCAAGUAAAGGACUUACGUAGGUAGGUAGUGGGUAGGCAAGCAGGUAGGUAGUGGGUAGGCAAGCAGGUAGAGAGAUACGUUAUACAGGUAGGUAGGUAGAUCGGUAGGUAGGCAGGCAAGUAGGCAGGUAAGUUAGUACGUAUUGCAAAAGCAAACCUAUUUUAGUUAAUAGCAAACAUACGCUAAUAGUUCUUGAAUAGUAAACUAAUAAAAGUAAGUUAUAUCAUUUUAAUAUGACCAUUGCAAAAGCAUACCUGGAUAAUAACAGUGUAGGUAGAUAGGUAGGUAGGUAGGCAGGCAGGUACGUACAUAAGUACGAAGGAAUGGCGAUAGGUAGGUAGGUAAGGUACGCAGACAGGUAGCAAAUAAGGUAGGUAGGUACAAGACGAACCCACAUUUUUUGUUUUUGUUGAGGGAAGGAAUUCACUGUGAUGUUUUCCCUCUCCGCAACAUUAUAAUCACCGUACGCCUCUGCCGUGUCCGACAAAUGAUUACUUUGUAUAUACAUUAUAUUGUAACUGGCUCAUAUUUUUUUAAAAAUAUAGGAAAGGGAGAACUGUAGAACUACCAAAGACACUACAGGAUCUUUAUGAUAUGAGAUCUCGCCCAGAAGGUCAUAUAUGCGAAUUGAGAGGUCCUCCAAACUCUAAAAAAGUUCAUGGAUUUAUUGAAAUACCCACCAUUAAGGAAAAAGUGUUUUUUCACGAAUUUGUGUCUGGCAUACCAAAGCGAGAACUUAUCAAUUACCAUCUGGAAGCAAAAGUUCAGUUCAGCGUAGAUAAGCGGGAGAGAGGCUUCUACGCGAAAGAUCUUUACGUCAAGGUAUGAGUGCAUGACGAUGAUAGGCAAUACCUUUAGAAACCAUUGUCCACUUCAAAACGAUCUUGACAGCUGGCAACGACCUACAUAGAUGCUUAUGAUUCUUGCUCUGUUGUUACAGUCAAAGCGUGUCAAGCGUUCCUGUCGCUAGUGGACUUAUACAAAUUCAUGAAUGGAAAAAUGAGUCGGUUAAUCCGUUCACAAAUUGAAUAAUCCAAUAGUCAAAUUAGACCUCGAUUCAAUAAUCAAAUGUUGAUUUGGUUUAUGAACAAAAUCUACCUUGUCUGUUGUGGUCAACACCUUCCCUUUUCCUACCGUUUACGAUUGCGUUUUUCAUUGCCUUUAAUCAAAAAGUAACUGCUAGAAGAGGUCAGAUCUGUUGCACUGAUUACUAGCAGCAACAUGGCGUACAUGUAACAGUUUGUUUGGGUUUGAACUUCAGAACUCGCCCGCACUCGACUCUUAGAAAAAAAGAAGAAAAAAACAAAAUUCUGAGGUCGAGCUGUGGAAAGUGUAGUUUUUCAAACAACAGUAAUCGAAUCAACAUUCGAUCAUUGAAUCGAGGCUGAAUAUGAAUAUUUGAUUGUUCAUUUUAUGAAUGGAUUAUGGCAUCAACAAACGAAAUCAAUUUUCCAUUAAUGACUUCAUUAGUUCGUUAAAGGGGCUGUGUCACGGCAGUCCUGUUCAUUUUGUUUAAUUUUGCCAAUUACUCGCCCUCAAUCGCUAUGGAACUUAACGUAAGCAAAGAAAUUACAUGUAAAUGACAAAAUCAGAGAUCCGAGACAAACAAAUAUGUCUCCUGAGCAUUAUUUUUGAAGUUGCAAGCAGCGGGGAUCGACUUUGAAAAACUGUUAGUCUGAACAGUCUUCAAAAACCCUAAUUUCAGUCCUUUCAAUCGUCUUCAGUUUUGCCCAUCCGUGCAUCUGUUGUUUUAACCUUCCUUUAAAUUUUUAAGCGGCUAUUUUUAUGUUUCUCUUAAUUAAACGGGCAUUUUGUAAUUUCCUAAUUUAGCUGAAUUUCGUGACACAGCGGGAACGCUUGACCUGCUUUGACUGUAAAUUAGUCCCUAAAGUGGUUUCCCGUGCCUUUGUAACACGUAUUUAAUCUGACCUGGUUUUGUGUUCAUUUAUUAAAAACGUGGAAUUUACUUUCCCAUAGCCCCCCGAGACGAAGCAAGUGCAGUGCCAUUGUGGAUGGGAAGAUGCAGUUGGAAAGGGAAUUAAAGAAGGUUUCGUUGGUGUUUUGAAAAGGCGAUUUGGUUUCAUAACCAAAGAAUAUCCGAGAGAACCAAAUCCUAAAGGAAUUUACUUUCACGAGUUAGACCUUAAGGAUUAUUCAAUCGCGCAGUUAAACAUUGGCGACAGAGUACAUUUUGUGGUUAAUCAGAACGACAAGGGAUGUGUCGCGCAGCAGAUUGAUGUACUUAGGGUAAAGGCAAUUUUGAUGACUUUGUGUCUU